AUGUCCGUCCCACCAUGCUGUCUCCAAGGCUUUGAUUGGGAUGGAACACCUACUGGACGCAUUGGAAAGCUUGCCAAUAACGAUACAUACAUAGCAGGCAAUAACCACGAUGUAGCAGUCCUACUCAUCCACGAUCUCCUCGGCUGGAACUUCCCCAAUCUCCGUCUACUAGCUGAUCACUACGCUCGUGAGACCAACGCAACUGUGUACCUCCCUGACUUCUUCGGUGGCGAAUCUUUGGCCUCUGGUCCAAUCCUAAGCAACAACUUCCACGAGCUCGAUAUUCCAAGCUUCGUGGCGAAGAACUCUCGAGAGAUCCGCGAGCCGGAGAUCUUUGACUGUGCUAGAGCUUUGCGGGAGAAGUACAAGAAGGUCGGUGCUGUCGGGUUCUGUUUUGGAGGUUGGGCGGUGUUUCGAUUAGGUGCGAAGGAACAUCAGCCUCCUCUUGUCGACUGUAUUUCAGCUGGUCAUCCCUCAUGGCUGACGAAGAGGGAUAUUGAUGAGCUGGCAGUACCGGUGCAGAUUCUGGCGCCUGAGAUUGAUACGCAGUUCACCGCGAAGCUGAAGUUGCAUAGCUUUGAGACUAUUUUGGUUUCAGGGAUUCCGUUUAAUUAUCAGCACUUUCCAGGUGUUGAGCAUGCUUGUUUUACUCGUGGUGAUGAGAAGCAUCUUGGGGAGCGCGAGGCGAUGGUUCGAGGGAAGAAUGCUGCUGUGUGGUGGUUCAAGCAGUUCUUGUUCGAUACUUGA